CAUGUGCAAGCUGUUCCCGUCCAUGGCAGUUGCUGCCUCAAACAAAUAAAAAAAUUGCGUUGUUCUAGCAUUAAACAUUCCACCUCGACAAUGGAACCUAAUUGAAACCACCAGGAAUACUCUGCUGUCGAUUUCUUGCUAUAAAACAGGUAGGAAAAAAUAAAUAAUACGAAAUGGCAGGACCACCGCGACAGAUGGUCUGUGGUCUGGACUACGCGACAGUCCCUGACGUUGACACUUGCCUGAGAGCGGCCUAUGAUGCCAAUUACCUCUUCAUAAUGACUCCAAUGGUGCACCCCCAGUACAUCCAGGAAUUUAUCUCAGGUGUAUCGAAGAACCGAGAGGGUCCCUUCACAAGGCCAGACCUCAUGCUGAAAAGUUCGGACUGGAAUCGCCUGAUCAUUGGAAAGCUCUCCCCCAGCAUAAACGUGGACUCCCCGAUUGCACACAUCAGAGGAAACAGUGAGGCCUCGCUGAAUCAAGAGCUCUCAUUCGCCACUCACCUGGGGAUAAUGACAGUUACUUUUAAACUGAAUGGACCUCUGACCCAGAACAUGAACCUCGCGAGGUUAAUUUACGACAAAAUGAUGACAGCUUCAACCCUCAAGUUCCUGAUUCAAGUCCCGAUGGAGAAUCCUCUGAAGGAAUGCCUGUCAUAUCGCACUGACGAGGAAGUCUCCUGUGAGAGCCCCUGGGAGUGGUGGAAUGGCUUCAGGAACGCCUGUGACACUGACAAGAAGCUCAGGGUGGCCCUCGUCGUCAGUUCAGACCUUCCUGACGAGGCGGAGAUCAACAGGUGGAUUGGAGAACCCGUCAGGGCACUCAUUCUACCCACCACCAUCUUCUUGAGUAAUAAGAAGGGAUUCCCAGUGCUCUCCAAGGCUCAUCAGAGCCUCAUUCAGAGAUUCUGCGGUCUCAAUGUUCGGUUUAUCAUCACUGGAGCUAACAGGGCUGAUAAAAUCGCAUUCUAUCAGAACUAUUUAGAUCAUUUGUGGAAGAGAGAAUACGCAUCUGAUGGACCUCUCGAGCGUUUCUGUCGUGGCUACGAGGACUACCUCCAGGUGCCCCUGCAGCCGCUCAAGGACAACCUCGACUCCAGCACCUACGAGGUCUUCGAGGGAGAUCCAGUCAAGUACACCGAGUACCAAAACGCCAUUUUCCAAGCAAUCCUCCACAAGAUGAGGUCAAGCCGCAGAGAGACCCCACAAUCUCAACCCAACGACUCCCCAGACACCGAAGAUGCCUCGAAGCAGUCGUUCUCCAUCAAAUCCAACAGAGAAUUGAUAAUAACAGUGGUCGGUGCUGGUCGAGGUCCCCUGGUUCGUGCAUCCCUGCAGGCAGCAGACAUGGCAAAAGCCAGAGUUCGAGUUUACGCAGUGGAGAAGAACCCCAACGCCAUUGUGACCCUUCACGCCCUCAAGACAGACGUCUUUGGGCCGAGGGUGACUAUCGUUGCCUGUGAUAUGAGGGACUGGAAGAGUCCGGAGAUGGCGGAUAUCCUUGUGUCAGAGCUCCUCGGCUCCUUCGGGGACAAUGAACUCUCGCCAGAGUGCCUGGAUGGCGCCCAGAACUUCCUCAAGGACGAUGGCAUCAGCAUUCCCCAGCGUUACACCUCCUACAUAGCACCUGUGCAAUCCGCUAAGCUUUAUCAGGGUCUCAAGGCGUUCUACGAGAAGGAGAAGGGCCCACUCGCCAACUUUGAAACCCCUCACGUGGUUUAUCUCCAGAGCAAAUAUGACAUCGCACCUGUCCAGCCUCUCUUCACGUUCUCACAUCCCAAUAGGGACUCCAUCAUCGAUAAUUCGAGAUAUGAUGUCAGGACGUUCAUGGUUCAGCAGAACAGUGUGCUGCACGGGUUCUCUGGGUACUUCGAUGUGGUUCUGUUUGAUAAUGUCAGGUUGAGCAUUGUCCCGGAGUCUCAUAGUAAAGGAAUGCUGAGCUGGUUUCCCAUUUUCUUUCCUAUUAAGGAACCCAUUCAGUUGAAGGCUGGGGAUGAAAUUAAGGUGCACUUCUGGAGGAGGUGCACGUCCAAGAAUGUAUGGUAUGAGUGGACUCUGAGUAAACCUGUUCCUGUGGCUAUUCACAAUCCUAAUGGAAGAUCUUCCACCAUUGAACUGUAUUGAUUGAUCAUGUCUUGGCUUUCCUAAUUUUAUUAUUUUUCACUUCUUUCUUUGCCUGUUGGACAUCUGAUCGUUUUGACUGGACGCUGUGCGUUGUCGAUAUGCGAUUGAGCAAAAUGAUACUUCUUUAAUGGCUAGUAAUUCCCUCGGCGAGAACAACGUGGUUGGGAAUUUAUCAAUCAAUUCUUGUUUCGAAUUUAUGAAUCAAAGCCAGACUAUUUCUUUCUGUGAAUUUCUGUUAGUGAAGUGGAUAGAUCCAUUUUUCUCCAUUCUUCCUCAUGUUAUGAUGGAUUACCAUAUAUUUUAGUUUCUCUUGGACAAUUAUUUUGAUUAAGGGACAAGGAGAUCACGAAGAAGGGAAAUAGAGGAGAAUUAAUUAUAAGAGCCAAAUGUCAUGUUCGAAAACUUCUAUAUUUAAUUAUGCUUUUGUAAUAAACUUGUAUUCUAUCGGAGAGAA